AUGUCAAAUACAACAGCAUUUGUCAGAGAUCAUUUUGAUUCUAUUUCUGAGGGAUGCUUCCUUGUCAUGCCUAGCAAGAAAAGGAAGCUAAAUGAAGAUAAACUUACAAAAAAGAAGUCCAAAAUAAAAGAAAUCAAAUUGAGGCAUCGUACUGAAACGGAUAGUUCAGGAAUAUCACACAAUGGCUUCCAACAGCUAUUUAACGGCAGAGAACCUGAAGAUACAUUAUUAUAUAGACAGCGAGCAUUUUAUAGAGCAUGGAGCAAGAUAAACACAAUCAUCAACGACACAUUGGUCGAUAUGAAUCAAACAGCAUAUAGUCAAAUUAGACAGUUUGUAGAUAAGGCACACGAUGUAAAAGAAGAACUUAUAUCCUUACCAUUUCAUGAAAUUCCAACAGCACUCGUAUUUGCCGGUAUUAAUACACCCGAUCAUGCUAAGCAGUUUGAACAUAUCGCUCUGGAUUUAAAGCAACCCCCAUCAGAGACAAAUGGACGACAAAAGCGUAACUUUGUUUCACUGUUACAAGCAAAGGAUUGUCCAACAUUGAAACAUAUGAUGAAAUUGAUGAUUGAACGUACUUUAGAGAAUACAGAAGAUAAAGCAGAUAACCAACUAGAGAAAGAGGAAGAGGAAGAGGAAGAAGAAGAAGAUGAUGAUAUCAUUCGUACUGUACAAUCAUCAGCAGCGCCGUCUUAUCAAUUUGGACGUGUCCUUGCCAAAGAAAGCAAGGCAUUACCCUAUGACAUGCAGCUUUUAGAAGGAUGGUACAAGUAUCGUAGCAAAGACGAAAAGCAUAAACCAAAUCUUGUUGUCAUUCUACAAGAUUUUGAAGCAUUUGAACCCAAUGUUCUCCAAGAUUUCCUUUCAAUUUGCAGUGAAUAUCAAACUCGGUUGCCUAUUGUCUGCAUUAUUGGUGUUGCAACAUCGACAGAAUUCGUCCAUCAGUCUCUGACAAAGUUAACCAUCAAUAUGCUAAGAAUAGAAAGGUUUAAAUUAGAAAACAGUGACGUCUGGUUUAACAAAGUGAUAGAAAAGUUAUUUCUUGAAUCUACAGACACAUUAAGAUUUGGCCCGCGUCCAUACAAGUUCUUACUAGACCAUUUUUACUUGUAUGAUUUUUCGAUUACUAAAGCAUCAGCAAGUAUUAAGUAUGCAUAUAUGCAUCAUUUUUACGGCAAUCCGCUUUCCAUAUUUCUACCGCUCUUGAAAUUUGACAAGCAAAAGAUGAGGGAAAGACUAAAGGAGUGGCGAUCGAAAGAUAUGUUAAAUACACACCACGUGAUUCACAUUCGUAUGCUUUCCUCAUUUAGAGCUUAUAUUGAAAAGCUUGCUACAACAAAACCACGAAAGGCUCUUAGACUACUCGAAGAUAAUGAAGAACUAUUAAUUCAAGAAGUUCCAGAACUGUUGGCAAACAUAAAGCAAUAUUAUGUUGAUUUUGUAUUAGGAAUCGACCUUGUUCAAGUACUACAAUCCCAAUUUUCAUCAUUUAGCUAUGUAAAAAAAUCAAGGCGUAUGAUACUUUUGGAAGCUUUGGAAGCCAAGGAAGGAUAUGCUACUCAAAGCGAGUUAAUUCAAAAGCUGAUCAGUUUACUGCGAAAGAUGGAUGCAGAUCAGAUCGAAGGUCUCUUGAAAGAGCUGCAGAAUCUGUAUCAGAGAAAGGAGUACAGUCGAGUGAGCAAAGAAGCACUAAAAAGGUUAAAUGAAUGGGAUGAGCGAUUGAUGCGACUGAUGGACCUUGAUGAUGACGCUGCAGCAAAGGCCGAUAAGAAGGCCAAGAAAAUUGAAGGCAUGGUGAUGACAAAUAUCGAAGAUAAGCAUGGACGUCAUACAGCAACUGCUCAAAAGGCUCAAAAUGAGUCUAUAGAGUUCAUUAGACGAUUGGGAACAGAGAGUACAAAGAUUGCAAUAGAUAUCGCAGACUGGAUAAAUGAUAUACUCGGACAUUAUCUAGAACCAUUCACAAAGAAACCAUUAUAUGAAAUUGCGUAUUAUACAAAUGUCCGAUUGCUCGAAAAGUCAUUUGCAUCACAGCCUCGUGCCACGGUCCAGACUGCGCUGACUCAGCCAUCGCAUUACUUGAACUGCACUUGUUGUGGAGGCAGUAAGGAAAAGCAUUUGGCACCAUCAGAGCCAGAUGCAUGUGUAUUAUACAAGCUUUAUCUCGAGUGCGGUCGAAUGAUUAAUCUUUAUGACUGGUUUGUUGCGUUUAGCAGUGUAAUUGAAAAGGAAAAACGUGAUAAGCCAUUAGAGGAAAAUGAAGCUCAGUAA